GAAGAAGAAGAAGACAAAUAUUUGAAAUAUAGUCUUUGACUUUUUGGUAUUUUGACAUCAUUCAUAAUAAUAACAUUAUCAUAAUUGUGAAUUUUCUGAAACGUUUUGCUCACAAAUUUAAGACGAACAUAAUGGUUUGUGAUAAGUGCCAGAAAAAAUGUGGCAAAGUGAUUACUCCCGAUCCAUGGAAGACUGGUGCAAGAAACACUACUGAAUCUGGUGGCAGGAAAGUUAAUGAAAACAAGGCUCUUACAGCAGCAAAAAAUAGAUUCAGUUCACAGACUACCUCCUUUAAAACUUGCAAAAUUUGCAGACAGAAAGUUCAUCAAGUAGGGUCGCAUUAUUGUCAAUCUUGUGCCUAUAAAAGAGGAAUUUGUGCUAUGUGUGGAAAAAAAAUAAUCAGUACUAAAAAUUAUCGACAGUCCUCUGCUUGAAAAGGAUUUACACCCAAACCGGCAUCAACUUUUCGCCCAUCCUUAGUAUGGAACAAGAAGACUAAAUGAAAACCUGUGUACCGCCUAAGGACACCUAUUGAAUGUUACAUGUAUUAGAGAUAACAUUUAACAUUACCAUUGUUUCAGAUAUUUUCAUACAUCCAGUUAAAAAUCUAUAGUUGU